AAUGAUCUCUUGAAAAUUUACUGGUAGCCCUUUCUCCACAUCUCCAAGUUCAAAAGUCAUGCUGAGCAACCCAUUCAUUUUCAAGUAAUAAUUGAUACUAAUAUAUUAUCAAUCUCACUUUGCAUCUCUGUCUGUCUAUGAAGCCAAAUCAAAGUGUUUUAUUUUAGUUUUUUAUUUGAAGCUGGAAGCGAAAGAACACAGAUAUUUUUUGUCAGCCAUUUUAGUAAAUUUUAAGGUAUCCUGUAAUCAAUACAUACCCUCGUACUCGAUUUAUGCGCCUAGCGACCCAAAAUCGGAGAAAAUGUUCGGAAAAGAAUGGAAUUUGAGAACUUCUUGUUUGGUUGUUGAGAAAAUUGAAAGCUUUACUGAACUGAUAGUGCUGCAACUGUUUUGGCAAGGUUGAGUGUAAUUCAGCAUAUGACUGAACGAAGUUUUGCUCAGACAGUAUGAGUGAAGAAGUGGACGACGAAGUGGCUGCAGUUGAUGGCACAUACCUUCAAGGCAAAGAUGGUGAGUAUAAUACACUGGAAUCACAUGAAAUGAUUAUACCAAGCGAGGGUCAAUAUCAUAGGGAUUCGUCCCUUGCAUUUGCAACUAUUUUAGAGGUUAAGAACCCAGAUGGAGGUGGGGUGUCACAACAUCCAUGUGCUAGUCCUCACUGUAUAGAUGAUGCUGGGGUCAUAGUUGAAGAGUUAACACUGAGAAAUUAUAACAAUGAAAACAUAGCUAUAGUGGGCACCUCCAAUGAUAGGGAUAGAGUGCAGACUAGGCAGCAGAACCAGUGGCAACAUUUGUAUCAGAUAGCAGGUGGACAAGGAAGUAGUGGCUCACGGGAAGAUACUCUUUACAAGGACUAUGGUCAGGCAAAGUCGAAUGCUUGGGAGAAUGUUGGAUACACAGUUUUUCCAAAAUUCUUGGGUCAAAGACAGCCCAAUGACCAUCACAACGAUGACACGGAACAUCUGUUGAAUAAUGAAAACAAAACUGUCGCAAGCAAUAUGUCAACACCUCUUGGAGGUAUCAGGACAAAAAUUCUUUCUAAGUCUGGGUUUUCUGAGUAUUUUGUGAAGAAUACACUGAAAGGUAAGGGGGUUAUAUGUAAAGGUUCAACUCGUGAAGUAAUUGGUGCAGAGCUUGGGGGCCAAAGCCAAACUAAUUCGAAGGUUGCCGGUACCGAUGUGGUAGCUUUUGAUCCACCAUUGAAUUCGUGUAUUAAAACUGUUGUGCCUCCUUCUCAUGGUAUUGCCGGGCAUGGGCUGGGUCUUUGUCCCAAUGCUUUCCAUGAUGGAGUCAGUUUGAGAGAAUGGCUAAAAGCUGGGCACUGUAAGGCAAAUAAAGUUAAGAGCUUGUAUAUAUUUAGGCAGAUUAUGAAUCUUGUGGAUUUCUCUCACUCCCAAGGAGUUGCCUUGCAAGACUUACGGCCAUCAUGCUUCAAAUUGUUGCCAUCAGAUCAGAUUAUAUACACUGGAUCAUCUGUCCAGCAAGAAAUUGCAGAGACUCUUACAGUCAAGGAGAAUCCUCUCUCAGAAAAUUAUCGAAAUGAAAAAAGGCCAUUGGAACUUGCCAUUCAUCGUGCUGUUAGUCAACUGCUCAAGAAACAAAAUUUUGGGGGGAUUCAGGAGAACCUGAACUUUAUCAGACAGUGGCCUCAGUUUCCAUCAAGGUCGUGGUUUAAAACUUCCACUGCCAAGGGUACUGAUGUUAAUCUUGCUGGGCCACAGGAUUCAUGGAAUGAAUUGAACAAGCAUAACCUGAAAAGAGAAUGCAAGAGUGCGAGCAACUCCAGCAGCCCUCGUGUGUCUAACACAUACCAAAUGCUGUCUACUCAUGAAAGUGAUCCAUUGGAAGAGAAGUGGUAUGCUAGUCC